AUGUCCGGCUGCAGAUGGAGUUUACAUCUUUCCAUCAGUUGGAGGAAGGGAGGAUCUAUCAGAAAGCCUUCAGCUCUGUGCCACCGAGCAGUUGUUUGUAGCUUAAGAACCUUUAAGGUUGGGCCCAGUGAGCAGCGGGAUCAUAGAUACCGAUUUCCCCCUGCUUCUGACCCCCGGGCACACACCAUUGGAGCGCAUGUUUAUGCAUCUGCUGAAUGCAGGUUCAGAUUUCUGAAAGCAGAGGAGACAGCGCCCCGGGCCAAUGACUUAUUCCAAGUUAAACAUUCCAGACGCACAGCACUGGGCAGGACAGAGGUCUCAGCGAUUGUGUCUCUGGGCCCUCCGGUCUCCACUGGCAGGACAGAGACCAAGGAACCUGUGGACUUGAACCUGCUCUUAGGCUUUGCUUCCACCAGAGUUCGUGGACAUGGUCCUAGUUUUCCAGACUGA